AUGACUGAUGUGAGCUUUCAUCUGGAGGUGCGACCUCGAGAUACCUCUUCUCGACCCCAGUACUUAGUUGUUGCUAGGCAUGUUUAUCCACCGAUCUUGGACGUGCAAGACGAUGGGCGCGGCGAGGUCUUUUGGGCUGUGGUUCCGCCGAACACAGACAUCUACGAUUCGAAGGAUCCAGCCGGAGACGACUGGGAACGAGCCUUCACCUUCUUCCUCAGCAACACACAAUUCUCACGAGGCAAACAACUCGCAGACAGACUUUUCAAGCACCAGAUGUUGACGGCCAAACAGCUGAGCCACUUUUACGUUGGCUACCGUCAACUGUCCGACGUGGAAGUGAACAGUUAUACAGCGGAGAAACCACCGCCCCGACCUUAUCCCUUUCAAGAUCAGAUAAAUGUGACCCUAGAGCUGCGAUCCUUCCUCUCUUCCUGCGCGUUCCUUCAAUCUGGUAGCAGGUCCUGGGAGACGUAUGGAUGCAACGUGAGUUGA